AUAUGGUAUAAGUGGUAAGUUGCCUCUAUAAAAAACGGGCCUUUAUGAGUCAAAUUAUACAGUUAUAAUAUCGUGUCAUUCUACCUUUCUGUAUAUAGAUUAUAACUAAACUGUGAAGGAAUCCAUCAAAGAUCGUUUCCAUUGAAGUUUAAUCCAGCAACAUGUGUGAUGAAUCCAAUAAGAAACCUUUUCCAUUUCAAAUAUCUUCAGUAUGCCCAAGGAAUUUGACAGAGGAAGAAAAAUUUAAAUUAGAAAAGGACAAGAAUUUUAUAUCCGAAUUUAAACAGAAUAAGUUAGAAAAUGAAGCACAGAAAAACUGGGAUUUGUUUUAUAAAAGGAAUACGACAAAGUUUUUCAAAGAUAGACACUGGACAAAACGUGAAUUUAGUGACUUGUUUUAUGAAGAAGAUGAGCAGACCAAAGACUGCAAAACUAUUCUGGAGGUUGGAUGUGGAGUGGGCAAUUUUCUUUUCCCUUUAUUGAAAGAAUUUAAAAAGUUAUACUUUUAUGCCUGUGAUUUUUCUAUAAGAGCUGUGCAGUUUGUCAAGGAAAAUAGUUUGUAUAAUCCUGAUCGAUGCCAUGCCUUUCAGUGUGAUAUUACAUGUGAUGAUCUGAGUAAAGAAAUACCACCAGACACUGUUGAUGCUGUGUCCAUGAUAUUUGUUUUGUCAGCCAUUCAUCCAGAUAAAAUGGUGACAGCUCUUAAGAAUAUUUCAAAGAUAUUAAAACCAGGAGGUUGUAUUUUGUUUAGAGAUUAUGGUUUAUACGACCAUGCCAUGUUAAGAUUUGGUCCAGGCCACAAGUUAUGUGAGAACUUUUAUGUACGCCAAGAUGGCACAAGGGCUUACUAUUUCAAAACAGAUGAAUUAACAUUACUUAUGGAAUCAGCUGGAUAUAAUUGUGCAAAUUGUGAAUAUAUUCAAAGAGAGACUGUGAAUAAGAAGGAAGGACUGUGUGUACCACGUAUAUUUGUUCAGGCAAAGUUCAUCAAAAGUAUAGCUGACAAAGUGAACUCAUCUCAACCUAUUGAAGUAAACAAGACAGAUGAGUGUACAAAUGGUGAUAAACAAGAAGAAAACAUCACAAGUAAAGAAGAAGGGAAUAAUACAGACAUUCAAGUACCUGUGGUUCUAGAUAACUGUUGUUAUGCACAAGUUACAAGUGAAGUUAUUAAAAGCUGAUCAUGUAUAAGUGUUUUUUGUAAUAAGUUUACAUAGUUAAAUUAAGGUCAAGAACUUCA